AGGAAAGCGUGUUGUCUUUUUAUUUUACUUUGAAUUAUGACUGACAAGGGAGAUUAUUUCGCUUCAGUUUGUAUAGUUAGUGAAAUUCCGUUGGACCCGGACAGAUAAAGUACAAACACGUCAAACUGAGUAAACUUUGCUGAAGUGCGGUGCUUCGUCUGCACUACUUUACAAACUUUAUUGUUGAAUUUCGACGUUUAAAUAUCUACGAGCGCAAUUUCUCACAGUGACAGGAAGACUCGUGGUACUUCCAGUCCAGAAACACACUUUUAAACACACAGAGAGGAAGAAGCGAAAUGAGCGACAAACACAAAAUCGACGAUGAGGCUGUGGUUGACAGGGGAGCCUCGUACGUCAAAAACCUGCGUGACAAAGAGGAGGUUGAGGGCCAUCAUACAGUGUACAUCGGUGUAAAUGUGCCAAAGAGUUACCAUCGCAGACGGAGACACAGAAGACGUUCAAGUCAAAAAGAAAGGCGGGAACGCAUCAAUGAAGGAGCCAGUGACAAAUCGGACACGGAAAUCGUGGAUGAAUCUGCCUCCAGCAUCCUCAAACCCCUCAUCUCCCCGGCUGCUGAGCGCAUCCGCUUUAUCCUGGGCGAGGAGGAAAGUGGUCCACCCCCUCCACAGCUGUUCACCGAACUCGAUGAGCUGCUUCCAUCCGAUAACCAAGAGGUCGAGUGGAAAGAGACCGCCAGGUGGAUUAAAUUCGAGGAGAAAGUAGAAGAAGGUGGAGAGAGGUGGAGUAAGCCCCACGUCGCCACUCUUGCUCUGCACUCCCUCUUCGAGCUGAAGACGUGCAUAGAGAAGGGCACCGUUAUGCUCGACAUGGAGGCUAAUUCACUGCAGCAGAUUGUUGACAUGAUCACAGACAAUCAGAUCGAGGCAGGGCUGCUGAAGCCUGAGCUGAAGGAGAGCGUCACAUACAUGCUGCUGCGCAAACACCGACACCAGACCAAGAAAUCUAACCUGCGCUCGCUGGCUGACAUCGGCCGAACCGUGUCCAGUGCAAGUCGGCUGUUUUCAAACCAGGAGAACGGUAGUCCAACCACACCACAUCGCAACCUGACCUCCAGUAGCCUUAAUGAUCUGUCUGACAAGCCCGAGAAGGACCAGUUGAACAAUAAAUUCAUGAAGAAGAUCCCACGGGAUGCGGAGGCGGCUAACGUACUGGUGGGUGAAGUUGACUUCCUGGACGCUCCGUUUGUGGCAUUUGUGCGUCUGCAGCAGUCUGUCAUGCUCGCAGGCAUCACUGAAGUCCCCGUGCCCACAAGAUUCCUGUUUGUUCUCCUGGGGCCCAAAGGAAAAGCCAGAGCGUACCAUGAGAUUGGUCGAGCCAUUGCUACGUUAAUGACAGAUGAGGUGUUCCAUGACAUUGCAUACAGGGCAAAGAAUCGGGCGGAUUUACUGGCUGGCAUCGAGGAAUUCCUUGAUGAAGUUAUCGUGCUGCCACCUGGCGAGUGGGAUCCUGACAUUCGCAUUGAACCCCCAAAAUCCGUGCCGUCUGCAGACAAACGUAAAAACAACCUCGCAGCUGGGGGUGGAGAAGGAUGCCAGGUAAACGGUGACGCUCCUCACGAAGGAGGCGCAGGAGGAGGAGGUGGAGGUCAUCAUAUUGGGGAGGAACUUAAGUUCACUGGCAGGUUUUGUGGUGGUCUUAUUCUGGACAUCAAGCGGAAAUUGCCCUUCUUUGGAAGCGAUUUUUACGAUGCCCUGAACAUCCAGGCCUUGUCAGCAAUCCUGUUUAUAUACCUUGGAACCGUAACCAAUGCCAUCACCUUUGGUGGGUUGCUAGGAGAUGCCACAGAAAACAUGCAGGGAGUGCUGGAGAGUUUUUUGGGCACAGCGCUAGCAGGAGCAGUAUUUUGUUUGUUCGCUGGUCAGCCUCUCACUAUCCUCAGCAGCACAGGGCCGGUCCUUGUGUUUGAGCGCUUGCUCUUCAACUUCAGCAAGGACAACGGCUUUGACUACUUGGAGUUCCGGCUAUGGAUCGGCUUGUGGUCAGGUUUUCUGUGCCUGGUGCUGGUGGUGACGGAUGCCAGCUUUCUCGUAAAGUACUUCACACGUUUUACUGAGGAAGGCUUUGCAUCUCUUAUCAGCUUCAUCUUUAUCUAUGAUGCGUUCAAGAAGAUGCUCAAGCUCGCUCACCACUAUCCCAUCGACUCCAGUUAUACCUGGGACAUGGUCACACAGUAUGACUGCCGCUGCAUGCCGCCCGAUGGAAACCAUUCUGUACUGGAUGAAAAAAUUGAGGCUCUGUACAACUCCACUGGACAGCAGCCCUUGAAUGCCACCUGGUCAUCACUAACUCGGUCAGAGUGUUUGGAGUGGGGUGGAGUCCUAAAAGGCGAAUCCUGUGAAUUCGUUCCUGACAUUACGCUGAUGUCAUUCAUCCUGUUCUUGGGCACAUACAGCUGCUCCAUGUCCUUGAAGAAGUUUAAAACCAGCGGGUUCUUUCCUACCAGGGUGCGUAAGCUGAUCAGUGACUUUGCCAUCAUUUUGGCCAUCCUGAUCUUCUGUGGGAUAGAUGCACUUGUUGGAGUGGAUACACCAAAACUAAUAGUGCCAAGUGAAUUUAAGCCUACUAGUCCAAACCGCGGCUGGUUCGUGCCCCCAUUUGGAGGUAAUCCCUGGUGGGUGUACCUGGUCUCUUCUGUACCUGCACUCCUCGUCACCAUCCUCAUCUUCAUGGACCAGCAGAUCACUGCUGUCAUCGUCAACAGGAAGGAGCACAAGCUCAAGAAAGGUGCUGGCUACCACCUGGAUCUUUUUUGGGUGGCCGUUCUGAUGAUCGUCUGCUCUUUCAUGGGCCUGCCGUGGUACGUAGCAGCCACCGUCAUCUCCAUCGCCCACAUCGAUUCCCUUAAAAUGGAAACGGAGACGUCAGCACCCGGCGAGCAGCCCAAAUUUCUUGGAGUCAGGGAGCAAAGAGUAACUGGAAUUGCUGUCUUUCUUCUAACUGGCCUGUCUGUCGUUAUGGCUCCUAUUCUGAAGUUUAUUCCCAUGCCUGUGCUCUAUGGUGUCUUCCUCUAUAUGGGAGUGGCAUCUCUAAAUGGAGUGCAGUUCAUGGAUCGCUUGAAGCUGUUAUUGAUGCCAGCGAAGCACCAGCCAGAUUUAAUCUACCUGCGUCACGUUCCCCUGCGCCGAGUUCAUCUGUUCACAUUUGUCCAGGUUCUGUGUCUUGCUCUUCUGUGGAUCCUGAAGUCUACAGUAGCAGCCAUUAUCUUUCCAGUAAUGAUCUUGGCCCUGGUGGCUGUGAGGAAGGCGAUGGACUACGUUUUCUCGCAGCAUGACCUUGGCUACCUGGAUGACAUCAUGCCUGAGAAAGACAAAAAGAAGAAAGAAGACGAAAAGAAAAAGAAGAAGAAGAAGGGGAGCAUCGACAGCGAUACCAAUUAUGAAGUAAGUCGACGUCUUUCCUCAGUCCAUACUGAAGCUCUGGGUUUUUUCCUUUCCAAGUCUGUAUCAAGUCAGGAUCUGAGCCAGUUGAAGAAGUAUGUGCCUCCAGUCAGAACUGAUGUGGACACCAGCCGCAGCAAAUUUCUCUGGGUAGCUCAAAAUGAUGAAACAGCUUUUUAGCCCCUGUAUUGUUUUUACUACUGAACUUUCUGUCACAGUGAGUCAGGCUAUGUGUACAAACAUCAAUACAACUGUAAAAUAUUCUUUAUUGCUUACCUUUAUCUGAGCUAUGACAAUCAAAAUAUGAUGAUUCAUUUUGGCUGCUCUGUUAGGGGUCGCCAAAUAGACAAAUAAAACUUAAUCAGAGAUCAAAAUGACCUUUAAAAACAUCUGUAGUGAUUUUUAAAGAAUUUUAGUAAAACACAAAAGUUUCAUGAUUGAUUUUUUAGUUAUUGAAAAUGGGUCACAUUAAUCUGAACAAAAUUCAAUGACUUCAAAUUGUUUUAAUCAUUUUCUCUCAUUUAAAUCAUAUAUUAUUUAGCCAUGGUCGGAACAAAGGACCAAAAUAAAAAUUUUCUUUUUUGAUAUAUUUUAGAUAUAAAUUAAUAUAAGUAACACAUCCUGCAGUUUGUGAGUAGUAGUAGCAAUCUUUUUUAAAUUUUGAACUUACAAACCUGAUUUCCAGAAGUUUUGUAAAGUUUUGUGACAUUUUGUAAAAUGCAGUAAAA